AUGAUAAACAGUGGUAAUGGUUGUUGCUGUUGUUUUUUUCUUGCUGGUCGCCUUUCAUAUUUUUUUUUCAGAUGUUGGCAAAAAUGGACUGAAAAAAAAAUCGAAAAAAAAGUUGAAAGCUGCGGUCGUGUCUCAUGUCCAAAUCAAGCGUUAUUGGAAUUUUGGCUUAUAUUACAUGAAAAUUCUGAGAAGUUUCUCCAUUCACCUUUUUCUUACAAGUACCGAAAUAUGUUUAGAAUUGUUGCCAGAGCCCCUAGGAUACUCCCAUAUCGUCGAUUUACCACUACCCCUAGCUUGAGGUUUUUUGACAAAGGGCCUACUGCUGAAGAACAGGCCCAGGCAUUGGAAAAGGUCAGUAAAGUGGUUGCCGAAAACCCAGAGUUGUACAAGUUGAUGGUUGAAUUUAAACAGUUACUUGAAAAGAAAGGAUUUGAAACCGGGGCAAAACCAUCUAUGACUCAAAUGUUUAAAUUGUUGGCCGACAAAGAUAUCAGAGAACAUGGUGCCAAAUUCAAACACUUUUUGGAAACUACAGACACAGGACUCACUCAAAAUGAGAUCGCAACUGUAAGUGGUGCAUUUUUAUUCAAAAAUAAAGAUAUUAAAUAG